AUGGGGCAGAAGCCAGACUCUCAGAUCAAUUAUGCGGAUGCGAUCGACUAUUGGAGUUCCGUUCCGGCCACAGUCGACGGUGUUCUUGGAGGGUACGGCGAAGGUACUACGGUGCCCGUAAUGGACGUGAUGGGAUCAAACCAUUUUCUACGCAAACUCAAAUCACGUAUGGUUCCAGCAGACGGAUAUACGAAACGCGGUGUCGACAUUGGCGCAGGCAUUGGUCGUGUGACGCGCGAUAUGCUACACAAGCAUUGUGACGUCGUGGAUCUCGUUGAACCAGUCGCACCGUUCGUUGCGCAGAUGCGCAACGAACUGGCACCACUUCAGAGUAAACUGGGCGACAUCUAUGAGAUUGGAAUGCAAGAGUGGGAACCAGAACCCAACACGUACUGGCUCGUAUGGUGUCAAUGGUGCGUGGGUCAUUUGCCAGACGACGAGCUGGUCAAGUUUCUGGAACGGUGUCGGCGUGCACUACAGCCUAACGGCACCAUAGUUCUCAAGGAGAACAACACUGUGACCGGAACAGACGACUUCGAUGCCCAGGAUUCGUCUGUGACGCGAUGUGACGACAAAUUCCGGUCUCUCUUCGAGCGCGCCGGACUCAAGCUGAUCGCCACCGAGCGUCAGAAGGGCUUGCCUAGCGAACUGUACCCGGUGCGCAUGUACGCUUUGAAGCCGAUGACUACAGAAUUACAUUGA